CUAUUCUUUAUGUCAUAAGUCCUUAUAUAUAUAUAGGGUGGAGUCAAUCACUGUGUUCUCCAUCCUCACAUUAGUUAAUCAUCUCAUUUUCCUCUUGUGUAAGAGGAGGUAACAUUUCUGCGUGUUAGGGACAAGAUGAAGCAGAGCAUUCUUCCUUCAGUUUUUCUUGGAAUUUUGGCUUGUUGGGGUGUUCUCCCGGUUACUGCAGAAGACCGAUAUCAGUACUUCACAUGGGAAAUUACUAAUGGAACAAUUUAUCCCCUAGGUGUUCCUCAACAGGGAAUUCUUAUCAAUGGUCAAUUCCCGGGCCCUACAGUUGAAGCCAUCACCAAUGACAAUAUCCUCGUGAAUGUCAUUAACAAGCUAGACGAAAAAUUCCUCAUUACAUGGAGUGGUAUCAAACAAAGAAGGACAUCAUGGCAAGAUGGAGUUUUAGGAACCAACUGUCCAAUCCCUCCCAAAAGCAACUGGACAUACAAGUUCCAAGUAAAAGAUCAAAUUGGAACUUACACUUAUUUCCCAUCAACCAAAAUCCAUAAAGCUGCUGGUGGAUUUGGGGGAUUCAAUGUUGCCCAAAGAUCUGUGAUAUCCAUCCCAUAUCCUGCUCCUGAUGGAGAAUUCACCCUACUUAUUGGAGAUUGGUACAAGACCAACCACAAAGUACUAAGGAGACUAUUGGAUGCUGGCAGGAGUCUCCCUUAUCCCGAUGCUCUUCUCAUAAAUGGCCAAAAGGAUGCUGCUGUAUUUACUGGUGAAGCAGGGAAGACAUACAAGUUCAGGGUGUCCAAUGUUGGAAUGUCAACCUCAUUUAACUUCAGGAUUCAGGGCCAUUUGUUGAAGAUCAUUGAAGUUGAAGGUUCUCACACAAUCCAGGAAUCGUACGAUUCCCUUGAUGUUCAUGUGGGUCAAUCAGUCACUGUUUUGGUCACACUUAGUGGGUCAAUAAGUGACUAUAUCAUUGUUGCAUCAAGCCGUUUUACCGACCCUAUUGUUCUCACUACCACAGCAACCCUUCGCUAUUCUGGCUCCAACAGUAAGGCCCAAAUUCCAUUACCCUCUGGCCCAGCAACCAACGAUGUAGAAUGGUCCAUAAAGCAAGCCAGAACCAUCAGACUGAAUUUGACAGCAAAUGCAGCUCGACCAAAUCCUCAGGGCUCAUUCCACUAUGGAACCAUCCCUGUUCAAAGGACACUUGUGUUGGCAAAUUCUAAAGCCAUAAUUAAUGGAAAGCUACGAUAUGCAGUGAAUGGAAUUUCCCACAUCAACCCAAACACCCCGUUGAAGCUUGCUGAUUGGUUCAACAUUCCAGGUGUCUUUGACCUCAACACAAUCAAAGAUGUUCCUUCCCCUCAAGGCACCCCUGCCAAACUAGGCACAUCUGUCAUAGGAUUCACCCUCCAUGACUUUGCAGAAAUAAUCUUCCAAAACAAUGAGAAUUACACGCAGUCAUGGCACAUGGAUGGAUCUAGCUUCUAUGUUGUUGGAUAUGGCAAUGGCUUGUGGAUCCCUGAUUCGAGAAAGACUUACAACUUGGUUGAUGGGAUGACUAGACACACUGUUCAGGUGUAUCCAAAUUCUUGGAGUGCCAUAUUGGUAUCUUUGGACAAUAAGGGUAUGUGGAACUUGAGAUCUGCAAUCUGGCCCCAAAGGUAUUUAGGACAAGAAUUGUAUCUGAGGGUGUGGAACAAUGAGCAGAGCGUAUACACUGAGACUCUUCUUCCUCCCAAUGCACUGUUUUGUGGCAAGGCUAAACACCUACCCAAGUCAUAGACUUGGAAGGGGGUUUAUAAUUUGAUGUGAUUAUUGGCAUAAGUUGUAAUUUGGAUUUUUACUUCAUACUUAUCAUUAUUUUGUUUACAAGUUUCAGUUACGAGGGUGUGACUGUCAAGUGCCAAGUAAAAUGGAAAAAAGAAAAAAAAAAAAAAAAAAAGGAAGCCUCGAUUGAAUAUUGAGGUCCAUUUGAAGAGAGUUGUUCAGUUGUUUAACUAGUUAAUUUGCUGUUGUAUCAGAUUAUUAUUUCUUGGAACCGUAAUAAAAAAUAGUUUAAAUA